CGUACGAUAUUCUUGCAUUAAAUUUUCAAACUUUUUAACACAAGGAAAAAAAAAAUGCAACACUCAAUUUUCUCAUUUUCAGUCUUGCUCCUUUUCCUCCAUUGCAUAAACACAUUCUCACAAUCUCCAACCCCAUCACCGGUAGCCACUCCGGCACAGUCACCGGCAGCAACACGCCUCCACCACCCAAACUCCCCACCCCCACCACCAUCACCUGGACCCACAGACGUGAUCCAAGUCCUCCUAAAAGCUAACCACUUCCUCACCUUUGUCCGUCUUAUAAAGGCUACUCAUGUUGAUUACCAAUUAACCUCACAACUUAAUAGCUCAACUGAUGGAAUGACAAUUUUUGCUCCUACUGAUGCAGCUUUUUCAAAUCUUAAAUCAAGUGCAUUAGGGUCUCUAAACGACAAACAAAAAGCGUCGUUCGUUCAAUUUCAUAUAUUACCAAGGUAUCUCAAUAUUUCAGACUUCCAAACUUUGAGUAACCCAGUAGAAACCCUAGCAGGAUCUGUUGAUAAAUAUCCGCUGACUAUUUCAACUUCUGAUAGUUCAGUUAAUAUAAGUACGGGAAUUACAAAAACAAGCAUAUCUAAUAUUGUCUAUACGGAUAAACAAGUUGCCAUUUUUGAAGUUGACAAGGUUUUACAACCUAAAUAUCUUUUUCAUCCGGCCGCCGCUGCUCCUGCUGCGCCGUCCCCGACGGAAAAAACAGCAGAGAGUCAUGAAGGAACAGAAAACGAUAGUUCUGGUGCAAUCGGGUCUGUUGUGGAUUAUAAUGGAGUGGUGGUUCUUGAAGCUGGUAUUUUUGCUUCUUCACUGUUUUAUAUUAUGCGACACUAAUUAAGAUUUUGAGUCUUGCUUAAUUUAAUUUAAUUAUGAUUUUGCUGGAUCGAUGGUGAUGAUCAAAGAGGUGAGUACAUGCUUUUUAAUAAUCUUCUUUAUGUAUAAUUUCCGGUUUGUGAUUAUAAGAUUUUUCUUUUUGAGAUUUUUACAAUUUUAUACAAUGCAUUAGGAUCCA